GCCGUUCUGCUCGUUUGCUACACUCGCGCUUCUUCUCAUCGGAACAAAGAUCCUUUCGAUUCUCCCACGCAAUCUAUAAAGCAAACGAAAAUCCUUUUUCUUUUUUUUUUUUUGAAUUUUAUUCUUCAUAUAUUCAGUAUGGGGCUUCAGCGGAUAGACAGAAGCGAUCUAUGGAAGACGAAGGCUCUGGCGCUACAGCUCCGCCUACGGGAGCGCUUCCGUGUCGGUGUGGCCGUGGACCGCCACCUAGACUGCCGCUCGGUGCUUGCUGACCGCUACUUCUCGUCAACCGUUCGUCGCUGGCUCCGUCGUUUCCGCGACUUCCGUGUUGAUUCUCUUCCUUCUUCCUCCGCUUUCUACCGCAAAAGAGUGAGUAAAGAUUUUGUUGCUGAAGAUGAUUCGGUCAUGUUUCGUAUGCUUCAGGCUGUGGCUGUUCCACUAAUUGGAAAUGUUUGUCAUGUGUUCAUGAAUGGUCUUAAUCGUGUUCAGGUUUACGGUCUUGAAAAAUUACAUGAUGCGUUACUUAAUAGACCAAAGGACAAGCCUCUGAUAACGAUAAGCAAUCAUGUUGCUUCAAUGGAUGAUCCGUUGGUUAUUGCUUCACUUCUUCCUCCAAGGGUUCUGCUUGAUGCUCAUAAGUUAAGAUGGACACUUUGUGCAACAGACAGGUGUUUCCGCAACCCAGUGACUUCCGGGUUCUUUCGGUCUGUGAAAGUGUUGCCUGUUUCUCGUGGUGAUGGGAUCUAUCAGCAGGGCAUGGACAUGGCUAUUUCAAAAUUGAAUAGGGGGGGAUGGGUUCACAUCUUUCCAGAAGGUAGUCGAUCACGGGAUGGUGGGAAAACUGUGAGGUCUCCAAAGAGAGGUGUUGGGAGGUUGGUCCUUGAUACAGACAAUACACCUAUGGUCCUUCCUUUUGUACAUACCGGAAUGCAAGAUGUGAUGCCAAUAGGAGCCAAUUUCCCAAGAAUUGGCAAGACGGUAACUGUCCUAGUUGGUGACCCUAUAGAUUUUGAUGACCUGCUAAAUGAGGAAGUCAGUAAGGAUGUAUCAAGGGGAAAACUAUAUGAUGCUGUAGCCUUAAGAAUUGGCAAGCGCCUGCAUGAGCUAAAGGUCCAAGUUGAUAGAUUAGCACUCGAACAGUCUGCCCAGUUGCAAAAUCAUCUUGUACAGGGUGCAGAAAAGGCAGCUUAUAUAUUGCAUCAGGUUGACUGGGACUCUUUUGGCUUAGGAAGCCAUGAUAUGGAAGUUGAUUCCAUGCAACGAGGACCCUCACCUCAACCAAACACCAAGGUUCCCCACCAAGAGGUGUCUGCUUCUGAUCGGUAUUUCAGAAUGGAAUUUUCCUCCUUUGAAUGUGGAUUGGCGUCAAGAAUGCGAAGUUACAUGGACCCAACUGAACUAAUGGGUUUUGCAGCUCGAGGUCUGUAUACAAACUACAGAUCUAGGAACGCUAGUGUUAGCAAUGCAAGCCCAUUGAGGGUAUGGAAACAGUUUUUGGAAGAUAAUUUGUUACGACACUGGAAUACCUGCUAGUAAUAUGAGACUGUUUCCAUAAAAAAAAUAUGUAUAUAUGAGAGACUGUGUAAACAAAAUUUUAUGAGUAUUAUUAUGAGAAAGCUAUUUUUUUGUUUUCUUGUCUGUUAAAAUGAUGAAUGGGGAACAAUCUUAGGAUUGAAUUGUUGAUGUCAUAUGGAGAAUAUAGAAAUUUCAUAUUU